AUGCUUACCAAGGAAGAUGUUGAAGGUUGGAACAAGGUGUUUGCCGAUUGUCAAAUAAAACAAAGUGAUUUGACCCAACCCACUGAGGGUUUCCUCAUAAGAGCCUUGGUUUGUUAUAUUCGCCGUUUUGGAUACAAAGUGGAACCGCCAUUUCCAUUGAAUAAAAGCGAUACGGUGGAAAACAAUCGUGAGAAUCGUUUAUUUCUUAUACGGCUGGCACGUCAGAUUGAUCAUUUUCUCAAGAUUACCGAUAAGUCGUAUUCCUUUACGUAUUAUGAGCUGAUAAGGCCAACUCCCAAAAAGACUUCACAUACCUUGUAUAUAUUAUUAAAUUAUCUAUUUUAUUAUAAUAUGUAUAAGGAGGAGGUAUUUAAAAUGGCCCAAGAGCCAAUACAAAAAUACCAUGAACUAAAGGCGCAGAUAGAACGCCAACAACGUGAAAAUGAAUUGAAGGCCCAACAGUCUAAUGAACUUAAAAUGACUGUGGAUGAGUUGACAAAGAAGUUGCCACAACUAAGAACCGAACAUAGGGAAUUGGCAAAACGCAAGGCCAGCCAAGACGAGUCACUACAAAAGCUAAAGGAGUCCUGCGAAGAAUUGUCCGAAAGGCUAAAACAUUUACACGAACAAAAGAGGAGUCUGCAGAAGAAGGUUGUGGCCGAUGAGGAGUCACGUGAAUUACAAAAACAUAUCGACAACAUAAAGGCCGAUAUUGCACGCCACAAAGAAAUGGCCAAUAGCAGUGAGAAUUCUCUACGCGAGCUAUCCAAUAGCGUGGAAUUAAUGCAACGCCUCAAGAAGGAAAUUGAAAAUGCCAGCGAUAUUGUGCCACUGCGUCUAAUUGAUCAGCUCAAGGAAACCAAUAAACAACUGGAAAAAGCCAUGGCUGAUGAACGUACGGCCCAGGAGAGGCGCAGCAUUCUCACACAAAAUAUCGAAGAUGAGCAGCAAAAAUAUGAAACUCUGGAACAUCAAUAUGUUACCAAGAAACAACAGUUCGAGGUCAAGGAAAAGGCUCACAAAGAGUCGCUGCAAACCUUGCACGAGGUGCUAAAGGAGAAAACCGAUCAUUUGGCUAAAUUGGAGAAGGAAGAGCAUGCCUUGGAUGGUCAAAUUGAUGAGCAGAAGGAUAUUGCGGAAUAUCUUGAGGAAACUAUUUCCGAGAUAUUAACCACCUAUGUUAUCAGUGAAUAUCAAUAA